CUCUCCGCUAAAUCAGCUGACCUGAGAUGCUAGCUAGGCUGAAUUGAAGGACCUCCGAGUCGCAACGCCGCAAUCAUUAUCAGUAUUAUAAACAUAUUUUUGUGAUAUGAAUGGGAAUUUGCAGCUGUUUGACUGAACUGCACCGAGUCAAGCGAACGUUGAAGCCUGUUAACGUUUCGUGCUCUUCCUGCAUUAGUAGAAGCUUAGAUUAUCAACAGCAACACCAUGACGGAAUUCUGGUUGAUUUCGGCGCCGGGCGAGAAGACGUGUCAGCAGACGUGGGACAAGCUGAUGGUGGCCACCACACGUACCAACAACCUCUCCGCCAAUACGAAGUUCAGCAUCCCUGACCUCAAGGUGGGCACCCUGGAUGUCCUGGUGGGCCUGUCGGACGAGUUGGCCAAGCUGGACACAUUUGUGGAAAGCGUGGUGAAGAAGGUGGCACAGUACAUGGCCGACGUCCUGGAGGACAGUCGCGACAAAGUGCAGGAGAACUUGUUGGCUAACGGACUGGACCUGGUCACUUACAUCACCAGAUUCCAGUGGGACAUGGCCAAGUAUCCCAUCAAGCAGUCGCUGAAGAACAUCUCUGAAAUCGUCUCCAAGCAAGCGACGCAGAUUGACAACGAUUUAAAGGCCCGGGCGUCGGCGUACAACAACCUGAAGGGGAACUUGCAGAACCUGGAACGCAAGAACGCUGGAAGCUUGCUGACCCGAAGCCUGGCCGACAUUGUGAAGAAAGACGACUUCGUGCUUGACUCAGAGUAUUUGGUGACCAUGUUGGUGGUUGUUCCCAAGACGAGCUUCGUCGACUGGCAGAAGACAUACGAAACCUUGGCGGAGAUGGUGGUGCCGCGUUCUACCAAGUUGCUUUUCGAAGACAACGACAGCGGUCUGUUCAGCGUGACGCUUUUCCGGAAGGCGGUGGACGACUUUAAGCACAAGGCCAGGGAAAACAAGUUCACAGUGCGUGACUUCCAGUACAACGAGGAAGAGAUGAAAGCAGACAAAGAGGAGAUGACGCGCUUAUCCACCGACAAGAAGAAACAGUUUGGCCCUCUGGUCCGGUGGCUCAAAGUCAACUUCAGUGAAGCCUUCAUUGCGUGGAUCCACAUAAAAGCGCUACGUGUGUUCGUGGAGUCCGUCCUGAGAUAUGGCCUUCCGGUGAACUUUCAGGCCAUGCUCCUGCAGCCCAACAAGAAGAACAUGAAGAAGCUGAGGGAGGUUCUCUACGAUCUUUACAAACACCUGGACAGCAGCGCCGCCAUCAUCGAUGCGUCGAUGGACAUCCCCGGUCUGAACCUGAGCCAGCAGGAGUACUACCCAUAUGUUUACUACAAGAUCGACUGCAACCUUCUGGACUUCAAAGUCUAAAAGAGCCGUUCGGUUUGCCACCCUUUGACAUUCCUGCCCAUCCUUGUCUAACUCAUUCCACUUUCAGAAGUCUCUCGCCAUCCAAAGACGUCGAUAAAACUGCGUUUUCACCACGUCAUGGUACGCAAAUGGAGAUGUGUAUGAUAAAUAUAGUAUUUAUUUGAGUAUUUUAUUUGACGGUGACGUGUUUUUAGCGUGUUUGUCUACGGUUAGAUGUUGAUCAUCGUUCCCUGGUUAAAAAAGCAAUAUAUUUGCUGACUGUGCGCUCCCGUUAAUUCUGUAUAUUUGGUCGCUCUUUUGCGUGGAUGCUGCUGUAACGUCGCUCUAAUAUGAAUAUGGAGUCCUUUCAAAAGAGAAAAACAAUAAAUGUGAAAAUAAUGA